AUGGCACGCUCAAGUCCCGCUCCCCAGUAUUCCCAUCUUGGAGACCAGAUCAACGCGGCCACGAGAUCGGUGCAUACCCAGCUUAACAGUCAGAUCAUCCGCCGUCUACCUCUGGCUCUACCUCCGGCUGCGAAUACUCCCUCAACCUACAUAUCCGGUCUGCUCCACGUAGCCCCGGUAUACAUCACCUUCGAAACGCUAUGGUACAUGAUCCUUCUUUCCCACAAGGAGCAGACGAAGGACUUCAGAAAGCCGUCACCAUACCAAGGCAGAUCGUCCUCUCCUCAGCCACUGCAGGAACAGGACCGAUUUCUCCUUGAUCCGAAGACCUCACAUCGUGUCCCUUUCCACGAUGGCGACGAUGCGGGCCUCUCUCAACGCCCUGGUACCUCUGAGCGCAUAUUCUCCAUCCUGGAAAGCCUUCGUCUUCCAGGUCUCAUGCGAGCCGACUGCCUACGGGCGGACAUCCGUUGUCUGACAGGCUGGUCCAAAGAGGUGGUGGACGAGCAGAUUGAGGUUGCGGCUCAGAACGGAAACCUCAAGAAGUUCGUCACCCAUAUCAAGCAAUCUGUGGGCGAGAGUCCGCAUGUAUUGCUCGCUUAUGCAUGGGUCCUUUACAUGGCGCUCUUCUCCGGGGGCCGAAUUAUCCGAAACUCGUUGGAAAAGGCAGGCCCGGAGUUCUGGAAGACCAAGUGUGAUCCCAUCAUACCCCUCAACAAAGCAUGCGCAUUUCCAGACAAAUCCCACGCAGCGGCACCGAUGAGCGAGCGUCUCCGGUUCUUCCACUUCAACACCAACCAAGACGGAGAGGAUCUGAAGCGUGAGUUUAAGAGACGCCUGGUGGAGGCGGAGGAUCUGCUCACGACUUCUGAGAAGGCGAGGAUUGUGCACGAGGCUAUUCAUGUUUUCGAAAACAUGCUUGCGCUUGUCUCGCAGCUAGAUCAUGUCUUCUUGGAGGGCACCAGAGAUGACAGCGUUUUGGACAUCAAUGUGACGAGACCUGAUCGUGAGAUGGAGACACCUUCACCCUCACCGGGACCUUUGUCCUUCAAACCACUGGAACAGGGUGGUAAGAUACGCGACAGUAUUGUUCUCUCAAAGGAGCGGGGUGUCCGAACAGCCCCCGGCAUGAGACACCAUCGUCGUUCUCAGUCUGUCUCGAUCGAUGAGCCACUCGACGAACGUGGCGACAGAUCUUCAGACGUGCCUUCUCCAUAUCUGGUAGCUUCUCUACUCAGGCCCAUGGAGCAAGGCGGUCGACUGCGCGACAGCAUUGCCGUCUCGAGGGAACGCGGUCUACGGACUGCUCACUACGGUUCCCACAGCCAUUCUGAAUCGACCUCCAUCGAUGAGAAUCCAGAGAGCCCUAUCUCGCCAGAGAAACCCGAGAGCUUGAAGCUGACCACCACCCAUCCCGCAUCGGACCCGUCGUCCCCCUCCAUGCCGGGUCCCAGAAGCAUGCUCGACCCGUUCACUAGCAGCAUGAAUGAACAAGGAACACCAGCCGGUUCCCAGCCAUCGUCGUCGUCGGAAAUAUCUUCCCUCGUCACCCGAAACAAGAGCGUCAGGUUCAAAAAGCCUACCACGGGUGGCCGCAGCAGCAAGAAAGUUGCCGAGUCAAAAGACUCUGAGAGUCAGGACCCGAACAAGGAGGAGGCCGAACGUCGACGAAUGUCUUCUGCUGAAAAGGUGUCUCCAACGUCAGACCAUAACCCAGCCGGUGCGGUAGCCAUCCACAUCGUUGACGUCGAGGAAUCUGAUGCUGAUGAUUCUUCUGGUUCUGACAAGCAGAUGAAGCAAUUGCAAGAGCAGCAGCAGCAGCAGCAGCAGCCAAGGACGGAGGCACCUGGGGAACAUGGAAUUAUAUCUGUCAUAAUCACGGACACUGCGAUGAUGGAGCGGGUGGAAAGCAACAGUGAUGGUCGACCUCUGAGUGAUGAAGAGUCCACAUCAAGGUCCGGAACCGGCGGACUGUUGACGACGGAGCACAAUGACGGCGAUGGUGACAGGCCGGUCUUGAAAAGAUCUCCUUCAUCCUCAUCCUCGCGACACAAGAUCAAAUCCUGGUUCUCUUCUCAUUUCACCAAGGUGGAGAAGGUAGAAAAGAAGACCGAAGUCGAAGACACUACUCAUAGUGACAACAGCGACAAGUCCUGGUUCUCUUCCCACAUCUCCAAAGGGGAGAAGAAAAUCGAAGACACUGAUCAUAAUACCAACAGCGACAAGUCCUUGUUCUCUUCUCACAUCACCAAGGUAGAAAAGGAGGUAGAGAUCAAAGACACUGCUGCUGCUGGUCAUGAUUCCAGCAACGACAAGUCCUUGUUCUCUUCUCACCUCCAUGUCACCAAGGUAGAGAAGAAAACCGAAGUCGAAGAUAUCGGUCAUCAUGGAGCCAGCGAAGUGAGAGUGACCGAAACUAUCACCGAAGCCGCCUCUGCCUCCACUUCAGCCGGCCCAUCAUCAGCCCUCAGCCUCAAAUCCAAAAUGAAGAACAAGCUCGCACAUGGCCAAGACAAGCUGAAAGUCAAGAUGGACCACGCUGAGGAGAAGCUGAAGCGUGGCACAGAAAAAAUCAAGGUGAAGAGCAAAGAGUUGUCGCUGUUGGCUAUCGGGCCGGUGAGGUUCAUGUGGAAGUUUGUCUUCGUGCUGGGCGUCCUUGGUGCGGUCUGGGGCGUGGUGAGCUUAAGAGGGAUGCUUGGGUGGACGUUAUUGCCGGUGACGAUGGCGGCGAGGGCUGCUGGGUGGGUUUUGGGUGGGUUUCGUGGUGCUUUUGCUGGUGCUGGCUUCCAGGGUGCUGGUUUAGGUGCUGGUGCUGGUGCGGGUGCGGGUGGUGGGAAUGUUUGA